GCUAGAGCACUCGUCCCCGCUGCUCUGCCGUCGCUGACUCUGCUCUUCCGUCGCCGCCGCUGACAGCCGCCGUCCACCGAUCCAUAGCGAGCAGUCAGAGAACAGUCUCCGUCGGCCGUCGGAGACCGCUGCCGCGAGAAAUUAGCAACGCCCAAAUUCCGGUCUAUUUCUCUAUCGAUCUGUUCCAAAUCUGUUCCGAACCGACCGGUUCGGGAGUUCUAUAAAUACAGCUUUCUUCCGGUUAGGUUUCUUCCGUAAUCGUCGUUCGGGCUUCGUCGGCGCAUCCUUCUCUUUCUGCUGCUUCCGCACCGCCAUCAUGGUGAGGAAAACCUCCGCCGACAUCUCCUCUUCCAAGGGCGGAAAAUCCAAGGAAUCCGCCUCCAUCGCCUCUGCUGUACCCAAAAAGGAGAAGAUCUCCGUGUCGGCUAUGCUUGCUUCCAUGGACAAGCCCAAACCCUCAUCUUCUGGCGCCUCGAAGAAGCCUAAGCCCAAAGCCAAAUCCUCUUCCUAUACGGAUGACAUCGAUCUACCGCCUUCUGACGAUGAGGAAGAGGAGAUCGCGGAGGAAGACGCAAAACCUAAAUCUCGAAACGCUGUUACCGAGUUGUCGGCCGCCACCAUCUCCGACAAGGAGCUCAAGAAGAGGGAGAAGAAGGACAGCUUAAAUGCGCACGCUGCCGAGCAGGCACGGCAGGAGGCCCUGAGGGAUGACCACGAUGUCUUCACGGUGGUUAUUGGAUCCCGCGCAGCCGCCCUUGAUCCUGACGCUCAAGAGGGUGCUGCCGAUGCUAACGUGAGGGAUAUCACCAUCGAGAAUUUCUCUGUUUCUGCUCGGGGGAAGGAGCUCCUGAAGAACGCCUCCGUCAAGAUAUCCCAUGGGAAAAGGUACGGUCUUAUUGGUCCAAACGGGAAGGGGAAAUCUACUCUGUUAAAGCUCCUUGCUUGGAGGAAGAUUCCCGUCCCACGCAACAUUGAUGUGCUUCUGGUCGAGCAGGAAGUAGUCGGGGAUGAAAGAACUGCUCUUGAGGCUGUUGUGUCUGCUAACGAGGAGCUGGUGAGCCUUCGCAAGGAGGCUGCUGCUCUCUCCGAGAAACCUGAAGGAGGAGACGAUGAAGACGACGAUGAUAGUGGAGAGAAGCUUGCAGAAAUAUAUGAAAAGUUGCAGCUUUUGGGUUCCGAUGCUGCAGAGGCCCAGGCAUCUAAGAUCUUAGCUGGGUUGGGGUUCACCAAGGAGAUGCAGCGUCGUUCGACCAAGUCAUUCAGCGGAGGAUGGAGGAUGAGGAUAUCCUUGGCCAGAGCUCUCUUUGUGCAGCCAACUUUGUUACUUCUGGAUGAGCCUACAAACCAUCUUGAUCUCCGAGCAGUGCUAUGGUUAGAGGAGUAUCUUUGCCGCUGGAAGAAGACGCUGGUGGUGGUGUCCCAUGACAGAGACUUCCUUAACACCGUUUGCAAUGAGGUCAUUCAUCUUCACGAGCUGAAACUCCAUGUUUACCGUGGGAACUUUGAUGAUUUUGAGAGUGGCUAUGAGCAAAAGAGAAAAGAAACAAACAAGAAGUUUGAAAUUUAUGAGAAGCAGAUGAAGGCUGCUAAGAAGACUAGCAACAAGGCUAAGCAAGACAAGGUUGAUGAUCGGGUUAAGUAUGUCGCCGCCAAGGCAGCUAAGAGCAAGUCAAAGGGGAAGGUGGUAGAUGAUGAUGCACCACCACCUGAGGCGCCCCAACGGUGGAGGGAUUACAGUGUUGUAUUCCACUUCCCGGAGCCCACUGAGCUGACACCGCCACUUCUGCAGCUCAUCGAGGUCAGCUUCUGCUAUCCAAACAGGGAGGAUUUUAGGCUCUCCAAUGUUGAUGUGGGAAUUGAUAUGGGGACAAGGGUUGCCAUUGUAGGACCUAAUGGUGCUGGCAAAUCCACUCUGCUGAAUUUACUCGCAGGGGACUUGGUGCCCACUGAAGGAGAAGUUCGUCGGAGUCAAAAGCUCCGGAUUGGGAGAUAUUCCCAGCAUUUUGUUGAUCUCCUGAUUAUGGAAGAGAACCCAGUUCAGUACCUUCUCCGCCUUCAUCCAGAUCAAGAAGGAUUCAGCAAGCAAGAGGCUGUGCGUGCUAAACUUGGGAAAUUUGGCCUGCCCAGCCACAACCACCUUACACCCAUCGCCAAAUUAUCUGGAGGCCAGAAGGCUCGCGUCGUGUUUACUUCUAUAUCCAUGUCUAAGCCUCAUAUUCUUUUGUUGGAUGAGCCGACAAAUCACCUUGACAUGCAAAGUAUUGAUGCACUGGCAGAUGCACUUCAGGAGUUCACUGGUGGUGUUAUUUUGGUGAGUCACGACUCACGUUUAAUAUCACGAGUGUGUGAGGAUGAAGAGAAAAGUGAGAUAUGGGUUGUGGAAGACGGUACUGUUAGAAAAUUCCCUGGUUCUUUUGAAGAGUACAAGGAAGAUCUUCUGAAAGAGAUUAAGGCUGAGGUUGAUGAAUAAGGCAAAUGUAACUUAUUGUUUCUGCUUUGCUGUGAGUGAUCUACUAUUAUACUGCAUACACUUCAGAACAUAACUAUGCCCUUUUACAAUUUUACUGAUGCUGUUCUUUGUCAUGUGAUAUUCAUUCAAAACUGGUAUAAGUUCAUAAACAGAUGUAUAAGAGCAAGUUGAAGCUACGCUACUGCAAAGUUGUUAUGAUAUUUUUUAGGGUCAUAUGAGAGUUAAUUUUGCAUA